AUGGUCUCACCGUCGAUAGUCGAGACCACUGACGCCGGACAACAACUCGAACUCAACCAUCUAAUCAUAGUCUGCUGUCACGCGAUCUACCUAGGGACGCCGUCACCGCCGUCAAGCACAGCAGAAAACUGGACAACCACUGUCUAUCCGCAGCGUUGCGGGCUCCCUAGCAAUGAUGAAUCUAAUUGGCUGAUUGAGCCUUUCCAGAAAGGCGAAACUGCAACUUACAUCGGACACGUGGAGGCUGGAGUCCGAGCACUUGCAGCUGAUGAGCAUGCUAUCUUGGUGUUCAGUGGUGGUGCUACGAAGCCAGAUAAGACUGCGAAGACAGAAGGUGAUGGCUAUCUGAGUGUGGCGCUAGAGAAUGGUCUGUUCGGAAAUCCAGAUGCGACCAUGUUGCGACGUGUGUUUGUCGAUCGAUUCGCAACUGAUUCAUACCAGAACAUUCUCAUGACUCUCAUCCAGUUCCCCUUGUUCGUACAAGAAUCACUGGGCAGCAACAAUAUAAACAAAGCGGGACGAGCGCUCUUUCCCAAGAAGAUGACCAUCGUGUCCCACGAGUUCAAACGAGCGCGAUUCUUGGAUCUUCAUCUUCCUGCCUUGCACUGGCACGGAGAGACCACUUUCGUGGGACUCAAUCCUCCGUUUGACCCGGUCAAAAUGGCACAGAUCGAGUACGGGGAUAAACUCCGCGGGUAUGGAGCAUGGGAGAAAGACAUCUACGGGGUUGGAGCGGAUUUGGCAAAGAAGAGAACUACCAGGGGCUGGAACGAAGAGAAGUUCAAGGGUGCAAUACUGUCGAGGCUACCAACAGACAGCCUUAAAACAGAGCUUCAAGAUUUCGUGGGACUGCGCGACUGUGGUCAGAACCUGGCAGAGACGUACCAGGCGAGACUGCCCUGGGAAUGA